AUGGAAGCGGGACCGAGAACGGGCAUUUGUCCCAGUGGAGGACAAGCUGGUAAUGUUACCGCUGGACAAGCACAAUUUAUUCAGGCCCACGAUCCUGCCCUGGAAGCUGCUCCAGCUGAAGACGGCAUACUUUUUGCUAGGGUUAAUGUACCAGAGCUAAAUGUCACCAAGUGUCUUCAAUUCCCCAAAGACCAGCUUGUUUGGGAUGUUAAGCAACAAUGUCUCGCGUCCCUGCCAAAGAUUUCAAUCAGAUAA